AUGGUUACAAAAAAAAAGAUUCAAGAGAUAUCUAGUGCAUGGAAACAGAAUCGUCGAAUGAAGAGGUUAGCUGUGGGUCCGAUGAUAACUCCUGGGUAUAGUGAAUGGUGGGUUAAGAGAAUCAAUGAUAAUACACCCAAGUCAAGUCCAGAAAAUAGCCAGACAAUAGAAGAGCAUUUGCGGAUUAUUCCUUCUGAGUUGGAGAUCAUAAAGCAAGACUUUGAAAGGAAGAAUGCAGAUUUAGAAAAUAGGAUAGAGCAAAUGGAGGAAGAGAAGAUGAACUUGAGGUUAGACAUAGAUGUUCAAAAGCUUGAAAAUGAGAAAUUAAGAAAAGGGAAAGACAGGGUUAAAGAAGAGCUGGGUAGUUUAAAGACGGAUUAUAAAAAGUUACUUCUAUCAAUUAGAACCGCUGGGCUAGGAAAAACUUCAGAACAAUGGCGAACAGAAAUUCGAGAGGAAAAGAACAAGGUCGAUAUAUGGGAACAGAAAUUUCAGGAGGUUCAGACACGAAAUGAAACUUUAGAGAAGAGCUUAUCAGAAAGCCAAAAGGAAAAGGGCGAGUUAAAGGAUAGGGUAAUCGAAUUGGAAAGAUCUCUUCAUCUGUACCGAAAUCAGAAUUCUGCAAUAGAGUUGAGAACAAGCUUGAGCAAGAUCGAGGAAAUGAAGAAAAGAAUAGACGAGUUAGAAGCGGCAAUGCAAAAUUGUGAGAUCCGGAUCAAGUACUUAGAAGCAAAUGAAAGUCGUAAUAAUAAACAGCUUCACUACUUUCAGAAUCAAGUUAGGAACAGAGAUCAUAUCAUGGAGGAGGCUGUGGUCCAGAUUCGAGAAGUAACUGAUCACAUACAGUCUUUAGCAGUGCAGGCUGACAUACUGACUAGAGAGUUAAAAGAAGUGAAAGACUCGAUGGUCCACUUUGAGGAGGAUGAUGAAGACCCUGUUUAUCCCUCAGAUUUUACCCCGAUAAAUGUCCAGCCAGAUAUGCGUCCACAAGGGGCACCCCUUACUAUCAAAUCUCAACAAUAUCAGACGGAUACCUUAGCACCAAUGACUCGCUCGAUAGGCUCAAGAUCCAAUCUGAGGAACAAUCUAGCCAAUCCUAUUGCUCUUGAUAAUCCAGCAGAAAUAAAACAGGCGAGGGUAGAGUACCCAGAUACUAUAAAGGCCCCAAAGAGGAAGGGGAAUAAGGGAGAUAAUGCAGGCAGAUAUAGCAAGGGCCACUCAAAACCAAUCACUGUGGGCCGACGAAAGACAGAAACCACUAGCCAUCAGAGCCCUUUAAAGCACUCGAUAGAAAAUUGCACUGCAUUCAAAAAGAUAGUGGAAAGACUCAUUAAUAUAGGCAUUAUCAAGUUCGAUAAGGCCUCCAGUGCAGAAAAUCCACUACCCAACCACAUUGACAAUAGGGUGAAUGCAAUAUAUGAGAAGUUGGGAAGUGUUCACAUCAAUGACAUAUAG